GCCCCCGGCAGCGUGGCCUUUUGGGGGGGCGCCUGGGGGAGGGUGGCGGAGGAGGGCCGGGGCUGGCCGCCGCGGACCUGGCCGUAGAUGACUGCAGAAGCGCAGCAGGCUCUGUCCUCUCAGCCCCCUCCUCCUCCGGUGCAGAGCAGCUACGGCCCCAUGUCCUCCGUGGCCGAGAAGCAGCCGCAGAGCUCGGCCAUGGACGCCGCCUCCGCGGCGCCCGGCGGGGCGGCCGGCAGCGCUCCGGGGAGCGGCGGCGGCCCGGGCAGCGGCGGUCCCAAGGCGAAGAAGACUAACGCGGGGAUCCGGCGGCCGGAGAAACCGCCUUAUUCCUACAUCGCCCUCAUCGUCAUGGCCAUCCAGAGCUCGCCCUCCAAGCGGCUGACCCUCAGCGAGAUCUACCAGUUCUUGCAGAGCCGCUUCCCCUUCUUCCGCGGCUCCUACCAGGGAUGGAAAAACUCGGUGCGCCACAACCUCUCGCUCAACGAGUGCUUCAUCAAGCUGCCCAAGGGGCUGGGCCGCCCGGGCAAGGGCCACUACUGGACCAUCGACCCGGCCAGCGAGUUCAUGUUCGAGGAGGGCUCCUUUCGCCGCCGGCCCCGCGGCUUCAGGAGGAAAUGCCAGGCGCUGAAGCCCAUGUACAGCAUGAUGAACGGGCUCAGCUUCAACCACCUCCCCGAGAGCUACGGCUUCCAGGGCUCGGCCGGCGGGCUCUCCUGCCCCCCCAACAGCCUCUCCCUCGAAGGGGGCUUGGGGAUGAUGAACGGGCAUUUGUCCAGCAACGUGGAGGGGAUGGGCCUGGCGGGACACUCCGUGCCCCACCUGCCCGCCAACGGUGGGCACUCCUACAUGGGCAGCUGUACCGGCUCCUCGGCGGGGGAGUACCCGCACCACGAGAGCUCCGUGCCCGCCUCCCCGCUGCUCGCCGGCGGCGGCGUGAUGGAGCCCCACUCGGUUUACUCCAGCUCGGCCUCGGCGUGGGCUCCCUCCGCCUCGGCGGCCUUGAACACGGGCGCGUCCUACAUCAAGCAGCAGCCCCUCUCGCCCUGCAACCCCACGGCCAACCCGCUCUCCUCCAGCCUUUCCACGCACUCCCUCGACCAGUCCUACCUGCACCAGAACAGCCACAACACCGCCGAGCUGCAAGGCAUCCCGCGGUAUCACUCCCAGUCUCCGAGCAUGUGCGACAGAAAGGAAUUCGUCUUCUCUUUCAACGCCAUGGCCUCCUCCUCCAUGCAUUCAGCGGGCAGCGGCUCCUAUUACCACCAACAAGUGACAUACCAGGACAUCAAGCCGUGCGUUAUGUGAUACGGGGCGGAAAAAACACCUCCUGGGGCCGGCAAGGCCUGACCCGGGCACCGAGCCCCCCCCCUCCAGGACCUUCUCGAUGGAAUGGGGGGGGUCUCUGCAGACUGGCUUUGUUCGGGAGGUAUAGACAGGCGCCCCGGGGAGCGGCAGGGGACGGGGCGUGCGGCCCCGGGGCUGAGCCUGCCCGCAGCUGAGCAUCGGCCGGGCCCGGCCGCCACCACGGGUCUGAGUCACCGACGGUCUCUGCCUUCUUCUGCUUCUUCGCUUGGGGCUGGGUUGAGAAGAAAGCAAAAGCAGCCCCCUCUCCGCCCUGAGAACCCUGACGGCGAGUUUGGGUGAAGAGUCUGACAACUGAGGUUUUGAUGCUUCUUUAAAAAAGGGGGGGGGGGGGGGAAAGAUAAAAUUAAAUUACUAAUUCAGUUUUGUAAUUGGCAUUGAGCAGUGUCGCCAUCACGGUUGGUAGGCGGACAGCCGGAUCGGGCUGGGGAUGGGGGGGGAUGUGCUGGAAAGGACCCCGACCCCAAAGCCGGCGCAUCCUGCGCCCGCGGUCCCCUCCGCGCUGCACCGCGAGCAGGAGCAGGCCCGACACCGGGGUCCCCCGCCCCAGCCCCGUCGGUCCCGUCUCACUUCGAGCCCCUUCUUAGGAGAAAUUUUUUUUUUUUUUUUUCCGGCAAACACCCAGGGGGCAGAAAUCUGUCAGAGGGAUUUUUUUCUUUUAGCUAUUAAUUUUUUUUUUGCCUGCAUAAAGACUGCAGGAUCAGACCCUAUGCAGAGAGAAUAAGGCACUUUGACAAGAGACAGCCAUGCUCAUUCUGUUAUUUAUUCUACAUAAUUUUUUUGUUGUUGCUAAUAAUCGAGACACGAGUAGUCUCAGUUGAUCAGUAUUAAAUCGGUGAAUCUCUGUUGGCAAUAUUUGCCAUAUAGAUUUUUUUUUUUUUAGUUAACCUUUGUAAAUUUUAAACCGAUCAUGGUCUCUGUAAAGACAAUCCUCCAUAUGUUUUUAUAGAAAUAUAUAUAUAAUGAAGGAUUAUUCCCCUCCCUCCCCUUUCUAUGGUUUUUUUUUCGCCCUGUCUUUGUACAGUUCGGUGACACCUAUUUUAAUUCUUUCUGCACUGUAUAAAAUUGUAAUUAUGGGGGUAUUUUUUUCGCCCUGCCCUUUUGUGUACGUUUUGUCCCCAAAGGAAAAAAAAAUCGAACCGAAAUAAAACAUGUAUGUUAUUUGUACAUGGGCUUCACGAUUGUAUGAGCAUCAAAUAAACGAGCAUGCGGUGUAACACGCGUAA